CUUGAUACUUAAGGUGGCUAAAUGACUGAUACUUCAAACAUUUUCAUCAGUGUUUACAUUUAGUUAUUUUCCCUUUUCUUGAAUGAUAUCUUAAUUUUUCGAAUAAUUUUCAUCGAAAAUGAUUGGUACCUACUAUUUUGUCAUUGUCGGUCAUUCGGAUAAGCCACUUUUCGAAAUGGAAUUCAGUAGUACCAAGGAUCCAAAGAAAGAAGAUCAUCGGCACCUAAACCAGUUCAUUGCCCAUUCUGCUCUAGACCUUAUUGAUGAACACAAAUGGAAAACAAACAAUAUGAAUUUGAAAUCUGUUGACAAGUUCAACCAGUGGUUUGUAUCUGCUUUUGUCACUGCUAGUUUAAUAAGAUUUGUGAUUGUUCAUGAUAACCGAAACGAUGAUGGAAUCAAGAACUUUUUCUCUGAGAUUUAUGAAGCUUACAUCAAACAUUCCAUGAACCCAUUUUAUGGAGAAGAUAUGCCAAUUAAAUCUGCUGCAUUUGAAAGAAAGGUCCAGUUAUAUGGAAAGAAGUAUUUAUCAAGUUAAUCACUAUUAAUUUAUUCAACAAAGAUAUAGCUCUUCUUGGAUUGCUUCUGCUACUGUAGGAAAUGGACUACCCUUGUAGGUGGACCAAAAUUUAUCUUUGACAUCCAAUUCACAUACACGAUUUUUAGCUCUUGCUCCUGCAAUGUUGAAAUCACAAAAUAAACAGGAAUUUGUGGAGGAAGCAAUGAAAAAUCACCUCCAGAUGGGGUAGAUUCUUCUAUAACUACCCUAUUCAGUGCUAAGUCUAACAAAUCAUGUGCUAAUGCUUGGUAUGUCCAAGUGUGAUGCAAGGGAGUUGCCAUAUCCACAUUCCUAUCUAGUAUUAUUAAAAUGGGUCUUUGAAAGUUGAAGUUUCCUGAUUGUGCAUCAGAAAUGAACAAGUUAUUUCUUGUAUCAAAUAAGUUUUCCCUCAAUUUCUUAUCUAAUUUUUUGGCAACCAUUUCAGCUGCAUUUCCUUUAGGGCUCCUAAUAAUAGGAAC